GGAUGGGGGUGCUUCACGUCACUCCGGGUCCUCCCGGCCGGUCCUUCCAUAUUAGGGCUUCCUGCUUCCCAUAUAUGGCCAUGUACGUCACGGCGGAGGCGGGCCCGUGCCGCUCCAGACCCUUGAAAUAGAGGCCGAUUCGGGGAGUCGCGAGAGAUCCCAGCGCGCAGAACUUGGGGAGCCGCCGCCGCGAUUCGCCGCCGCCAGCUUCCGCCGCCGCAAGAUCGGCCCCUGCCCUAGCCUCCCCGGCAGCCCUGCGUCCACCGCCAGCCUGGGGGCUCACCUACGUCCCGCACAGUGUGCCCUGCGCCCCGCAUGUGACCCGGCCAUCCCCCGCCGAGUGUGCCCUCCGUAGCUUCGGCCCCGGGCUGCGCCCACCGCCCAACAUCAGCUCUCCAGCUCGCUCGCUCGUCCGGGAUGGCAGCGGCCAAGGCCGAGAUGCAGUUGAUGUCCCCGCUGCAGAUCUCUGACCCAUUCGGCUCCUUUCCUCACUCACCCACCAUGGACAACUACCCCAAACUGGAGGAGAUGAUGAUGCUGAGCAACGGAGCUCCCCAGUUCCUCGGUGCUGCCGGAGCCCCAGAGGGCAGCGGCGGCAACAGCAGCAGCAGCAGCAACAGCGGGGGCGGUGGUGGGGGCGGCAGCAACAGCGGCGGCAGCAGCGCCUUCAAUCCUCAGGGGGAGCCGGGAGAACAGCCCUACGAGCACCUGACCACAGAGUCUUUUUCUGACAUCGCUCUGAAUAAUGAGAAGGCAAUGGUGGAGACAAGUUAUCCCAGCCAAACUACUCGGUUGCCUCCUAUCACCUACACUGGUCGCUUUUCCCUGGAGCCUGCACCCAACAGUGGCAACACUUUGUGGCCUGAACCCCUUUUCAGCCUAGUCAGUGGCCUUGUGAGCAUGACCAAUCCUCCGGCCUCUUCAUCCUCAGCACCUUCUCCAGCAGCAUCAACGUCUUCCUCUUCCUCCCAGAGCCCACCCCUGAGCUGUGCUGUGCCAUCCAACGACAGCAGCCCCAUUUACUCAGCUGCACCCACCUUUCCCACUCCCAACACUGACAUUUUCCCUGAGUCCCAAAGCCAGGCCUUUCCCGGCUCAGCAGGCACUGCCCUACAGUACCCGCCUCCUGCCUAUCCGGCCACCAAGGGUGGCUUCCAAGUUCCCAUGAUCCCUGACUAUCUGUUCCCACAACAACAGGGAGACCUGGGCCUGGGCACCCCAGACCAGAAACCCUUCCAGGGUCUGGAGAACCGUACCCAGCAACCUUCACUUACUCCACUAUCCACUAUUAAAGCCUUCGCCACACAGUCAGGAUCCCAGGACUUAAAAGCUCUUAAUACCACCUACCAGUCCCAGCUUAUCAAACCCAGCCGCAUGCGCAAGUACCCUAACCGGCCCAGCAAGACACCCCCCCACGAACGUCCCUAUGCCUGCCCGGUGGAAUCCUGCGAUCGCCGCUUUUCUCGCUCCGAUGAGCUCACCCGCCACAUCCGCAUCCACACAGGCCAGAAGCCCUUCCAGUGUCGAAUCUGCAUGCGCAACUUCAGUCGCAGUGACCACCUUACCACCCACAUCCGUACCCACACAGGCGAGAAGCCUUUUGCCUGUGACAUUUGUGGGAGAAAGUUUGCCAGAAGUGAUGAACGCAAGCGGCAUACCAAAAUCCACUUGCGACAGAAGGACAAGAAGGCAGACAAAAGUGUUGUGGCCUCUUCAGCCACCUCUUCCCUCCCUUCCUACCCAUCCCCUGUGGCUACCUCUUACCCAUCCCCUGUGCCCACCUCCUACUCCUCUCCCGGCUCCUCGACCUACCCGUCUCCUGCACACAGCGGCUUCCCCUCUCCCUCUGUGGCCACCACCUUCGCCUCGGUUCCACCUGCUUUCCCUGCCCAGGUCAGCAGCUUCCCGACUGCGGCUGUCACUAACUCCUUCAGCACCUCAACUGGGCUUUCGGACAUGACCGCAACCUUUUCACCUAGGACCAUUGAAAUUUGCUAAAGGGAAAAAGCAAAGGGAGGGGGAAAACCAUGAAAAGACCACAAAGGACAGGAGGGAAAUGGCCAUCAGAAGGGGCUCCUCUUAGGUUAGAGCCAAGAGAUGGUCUGUUGGCCAACGGUCCUUUUACUUACCUGUUCCUGCCUCCCCGUUCCUAUUCUCUUUGACUUCAGCUGCCUGAAACAGCCAUGUCCGAGUUCUUCACCUCUAUCCAAAGAACUUGAUUUGCAUGGGUAUUGGAUUAAUCAUUUCAGUAUCAUCUCCAUCAUAUGCCUGACCCUUGCUCCCUUCAGUGCUACAACAUCAAGUUGGCGAAAAUGGGUUUGGGCCCUCAGAACCCUGCCCUGUAUCUUUGUACAGUGUCUGUGCCAUGGAUUUUGUUUUCCUUGGGGUAUCCUUGAUGUGAAGAUAAUUUGCAUACCCUAUUGUAUUAUUUGGAGUUCCAUCCUCACUGGGGGGAGGGGGAGUAAAGCCAAGCAAACCAACGGUGACCCUCUAUUUUGUGAUGGCUGCUGUAACAAUAUGUGUGGAGCAUCUUUUGAAGCAGCAGUCCUAGGUAUUAACCAGAGCAUGUGUCAGAGUGUUCCGUUAACCUUUUUGUAAAUACUGCUCGACUGUACUCUCACAUGUGACAAAUAUGGUUUGUUUGGUUGUUGUUUUUUUUUUUUUUUUAAUCUGCCCGUCCCUUUGGUUUAAAAAGUUUCACGUCUUGGUGCCUUUUGUGUGACACGCCUUGCCGAUGGCUUGACAUGUGCAAUUGUGAGGGACAUGCUCACCUCUAGCCUUAAAGGGGUAGGAGUGAUGUUUUGGGGGAGGCUUUGAGAGACAAAUGAGGAAGAGGGCUGAGCUGAGCUUUGGUUCUCCAGAAUGUAAGAAGAAAAAUUUUAAAACAAAAUCUGAACUCUCAAAAGUCUAUUUUUUUAACUGAAAAUGUAAAUUUAUACAUAUAUUCAGGAGUUGGAAUGUUGUAGUUACCUACUGAGUAGGCGGCAAUUUUUGUAUGUUAUGAACAUGAAGUUCAUUAUUUUGUGGUUUUAUUUUACUUUGUACUUGUGUUUGCUUAAACAAAGUGACUUGUUUGGCUUAUAAACACAUUGAAUGCGCUUUAUUGCCCAUGGGAUAUGUGGUGUAUAUCCUUCAGAAAAAUUAAAAGGAAAAUAAAGAAGCUGAAAUUA